UACGCAGAGCAUUGCCUGGCGAUGGAAAGUGGGAAGGAGAAUUUAACGAGAGGGCCAGCACGGAUGCUGAGGCUAAGGGAACAUACGACGAAAGAGACAAUAAGUGAUGAUAAGAAAUGUACCGAAUGCUCGCAAUUAGCUAGACGAGGACUACGACUAUGACGAACUCGAAAAAACAGACAAGUGUUGAAGACAAGAGAGCAGAAAAGGUAAAGCGAGGAGGUUUAGUCGAAAGAAGCAUCUUCAUCGCCAGACUAGGGAACACUACUAAAGCUGUGCUACAACAACCGAACUCAAUAGCUCUCUCUCCCUCUCUCUCGACGUUGAUGGUGAGUACAUCAGUUUCAUCCUGUGAGAUUACACAACCGCCCUCAGGAAUUUUCUGUGAGUUUCACUCCGUCUCAGUCCUCCCUAACACAUGUCUUUCCCAGCUUUUCCCGGGUUCAACCGGAUCUCAUUAUGUUGCCCAAAUAUUCGGUCCCGUUCUCCUCCAUCCUGCGUACCACCGAGGGCUGUCUAGCCGGCUACCCUUAGACCCUACGCAAUCACCUUCUCGUUAUGUAGUCCAGAACUUCUCAGAACCACACCGUGGCAAUUUUUUUGUGACACCCCAACGGCACCUUAAUUAUCUCUCAGCAACCGUGAUAUAUCCACCAGUGGCAGCCACUGCCUUUUGCGCAGCCCAAACUUCAUUCCGGCGACGCCCCUUAGAAGAAUGGUCCUUCCGCUUCAACCCUUGUAAUAAGCGACCCGCGAUAGGAUCUCACACCUUUCACCUCUUAAUUUGGAAUUCGAAUCUUCUGUCAUAUCGUCAUAAACUCACCUGCUAACCCAAGGUCACCUAUAAUUGGCGGGAUACUUGAUAUUUGACAUGCUUUUUCA